GACACAACAACGUGCGCUGUCCUUGCAUGUGUCGUUACCCAAGCAUGCAGUACCCCGCUGACUUACCUUAUCGAUGGAUGUCGGGUAACUACAAGCUCGGGCUCGCCCUCAUAACAGCGCGUGUACUUACCCGUGUGGCCUCCCUGCAUCGUCUGUGUCUCCUCUGCUCACUCUAUCUUUAUCGCUAAAGCGAGAAACUUGUCCAGGGGGCCGAAACUAUGUUUUUGAACGAAAAGGGACGAUUGGUCUUUGCGUACGAUGCAGAGCAACUUUGGAUCGAAGCUUGGGGCCACAAUGCUCUUCGCAUUCGCGCUUCCAAGGCAAGUAGCAUGCCAAUCGAAGACUGGGCGCUGCUGGAUCCAACACAUACGGAGGUAGACAUCGAAAUUGGGGAUGAUUCUGCUACCCUGACCAAUGGUCGCAUCAAAGCUACAGUCACACAACGUGGCAAGCUUUCUAUCUUCGACAACAGCGGAAAACUCAUUCUUGAGGAGUUUACUCGGAAUCGACGCGAUCCAACGGACCCAAAAUGCAGUGCUCUCGAGAUCGAAGCACGAGAAUUCAAGCCAAUCUUUGGCGGCGACUAUCAUCUCACAGCUCGAUUCGAAAGCCUCGAUCCUAAGGAGAAAAUCUAUGGCAUGGGACAGUAUCAGCAGCCGUAUCUUGAUAUCAAGGGAACGCAGGUUGAGCUUGCUCAUCGGAACUCUCAAGCUAGCGUACCAUUCGCCUUAUCCUCUCGAGGCUAUGGUUUCCUAUGGAACAAUCCGUCGAUCGGCAGUGCUUUCUUCGGCAAGAACAUCAUGAGCUUUGAAGCUCGGUCAACAAAAGUUCUAGACUAUUGGAUUGUAGCAGGCGAGGCGCCGGCGCAAAUCGUCGAGGCAUACGCUGAAGCCACCGGCAAGGUGCCAAUGAUGCCAGAGUAUGGGCUUGGGUUUUGGCAGUGCAAACUGCGCUACCAAACACAGGAUGAGCUGCUCAAGGUCGCGAGAGAGUACAAACGCCUGGAAUUGCCCAUUGACUUGAUUGUCGUCGACUUUUUCCACUGGCCAAAGCAGGGUGACUGGAGAUUUGAUGAGACCUAUUGGCCAGAUCCAGAUGCCAUGAUCAAGGAACUACAGGAUAUGCGCAUCGAGCUCAUGGUUUCCAUCUGGCCCACGGUCGAUCGAAAGUCCGAAAAUUACGCAGAGAUGCUGGAAAAAGGCUAUCUGAUUCGGACUGAACGUGGCGAGCGGAUCGCCAUGACGUUCCAGGGAAUAACAGUUCAUUUUGACCCCACCAAUCCAGCAGCACGGAAGUAUGUAUGGGGCAAAGCGAAGCAGAACUACUACGCGAAGGGCAUCAAAGUUUUCUGGCUUGACGAGGCAGAACCAGAGUACUCGGUAUAUGACUUCGACAACUAUCGAUACCAUCUUGGGUCCAAUGUAGCCGUUGGCAACAUCUUUCCACGAGAGUACGCGCGUGCAUGGUUCGAAGGAAUGACCGAGGAAGGUCAGCCCGAUGUUGUGAACCUCAUCCGCUGUGCUUGGGCAGGCAGCCAGAGGUACGGAGCGCUCGUCUGGAGUGGCGAUAUCGCGUCUUCAUGGGGAAGCCUGCGAAACCAGCUGGCGGCAGGAUUAUCCAUGGGCAUUGCAGGCUUACCAUGGUGGACGACCGAUAUCGGAGGAUUUCACGGGGGUGAUCCGAACGACCCAAAGUUUCGUGAACUGUUUGUUCGUUGGUUUCAAUGGGGAGCUUUCUGCCCAGUCAUGAGACUCCAUGGAGACCGAGAACCUCGACAAGCCAAGGUUGGGACAACGGGAGGAGCCUCGUGUCGUAGCGGCGCCGAUAAUGAAGUGUGGUCAUAUGGUCCAGAGGUGUUCGAGAUCUGCAAGAAGUACAUGGAACUGCGUGAGGAGUUACGUCCUUAUACACGGAAACUCAUGAUGGAGGCCCACGACAAAGGCACCCCUGUUAUGAGGACGCUCUUCUACGAAUUUCCAGAAGACCCCAUAUGCUGGGAAACUGAGACGCAGUACAUGUACGGUGACAAGUACUUGUGCUGUCCCGUCCUGUCAGCAGGUCAGACCGAGACAAAUAUCUACCUGCCAAAGUUGGUUCACGGAGGCAAAUGGAAGCGGCUGUGGGGCGAAGAUGAGUUCGAUGGUGGCACCCACGUCACAGCUGAGUCCCCUCUCCAAGAAAUGCCUGUAUACUAUCGGGCUUGAGUAGCAAUCUCCCUGAGAACGACGAAAGUCUUCUCCGUAUCUUUGGAGCUUUAUCUAUGGCUCAGCUUGUAUUGCAGGAACGGUUGUAUCGAUUUGGACCAUCAUACCGCAUUGUACCCAAACACGUCCAAUGAGCCGCUUGGCAAACCGCAGCAGCGGGCGGGCAGGAAUGACAAUCCUACCGCGACUCUGUCCUAUAUGCGCUCGAGCGGAACAGUUCAGUAAUAAUCAGUCGGCCUCUUGGCUGCAACAGAAGUGCCUUCAUUCUACAAUGGUGCUAAGAGGCAGGUAGGACGUGCCUGGGUGCAUUACUGUGCAUA